AUGCCUACAUUCUCCACCAAACUGAGCUGGCUAGCCAUUUUGCUGGUUUCAUGCCUAAGGACGUAUGCAUCAAGUACCUCUAAACCCAAUAUUUUACUGAUGAUGGCUGAUGAUCUUGGUUUGGGGGAUGUAGGCUGCUAUGGCAAUGAUACACUAAGGACCCCUAAUAUUGAUCAGCUGGCAAAGGAAGGAGUGAAACUUACUCAGCACAUUGCUGCGGCUCCACUUUGCACGCCAAGCAGAGCUGCUUUCCUGACUGGCAGAUACCCUAUCAGAUCAGGAAUGGGAUCCAGCACUAAACAGCGCAUUCUUUAUUGGACUGGUGGCUCAGGAGGGCUCCCUCCAAAUGAAACAACUUUUGCCAGAAUACUGCAGCAGCAAGGUUAUACGACAGCACUUAUAGGAAAGUGGCAUCAGGGUAUGAACUGUGAAUCCCACAGUGAUCACUGCCAUCACCCUUUAAACCAUGGCUUUGACUAUUUUUAUGGCAUGCCUUUUACCCUUGUGAAUGAAUGCCAAAGUACAGAAAAUCGUCAGCUCAACGCAUUGGUGCAAGCUAAAUAUUGGCUUUACAGUCAGAUAAUUGCCCUUACAGUGCUCACACUUUUGAUUGGAAAACUGACCGGCUUAUUCUUGGUAAAAUGGAAAGCAAUCAUCUGCUUUGCCCUGUGUGGUUUCCUGUUUUUCAUCUCCUGGUUCUCCAGUUAUGGAUUUGUAAAGUAUUGGAACUGUAUCCUGCUGAGAAACCAUGACAUUAGUGAACAACCAAUGAAGCUAGAAAAAGCCACUUCCAAUAUACUUAAGGAGGCUGUUUCAUUUAUUGAACGAAACAAGCAUGGCCCAUUCCUCCUCUUUGUUUCCUUUUUACAUGUCCACACACCCCUCAUCACCACGGAGAAGUUUCUUGGGAAGAGUAGACAUGGUUUAUAUGGAGAUAAUGUAGAGGAGAUGGACUGGAUGGUGGGCAGAAUUCUGGAUGCUAUUGACAAAGAAGGCUUGAAGAAUAACACAUUCACUUAUUUCACAUCUGACCAUGGAGGACACUUGGAGGCUCAAAAACAAAAUACCCAAUUAGGUGGUUGGAAUGGAAUAUACAAAGGUGGAAAAGGCAUGGGAGGCUGGGAAGGAGGGAUCCGUGUGCCAGGGAUAUUUAGAUGGCCGGGAGUAUUGCCUGCGGAUACAGUUAUUAAUGAACCUACAAGUCUUAUGGACAUUUACCCCACAGUGGCUCACCUGGCUGCAGGGAUAAUGCCUCAGGACAGAGUGAUCGAUGGCCGAAACCUGAUGCCUUUACUGCAGGGAAAAGUUCAGCAUUCGGAGCAUGAGUUCAUGUUUCACUACUGUGGGCUAUAUUUACAUGCAGUACGGUGGCACCAAAAAGACAGUGCUGCACUGUGGAAGGCUCAUUAUACAACUCCAAUAUUCCAGCCAGAGGGUGCUGGAGCCUGUUAUAGAAGUGGAUUGUGCUCUUGCUUCGGGGAAGACGUAACCCAUCAUGACCCUCCUUUGCUCUUUGAUCUCUCCAGCGACCCUGCUGAGAUCAAACCUGUGUCUCCUGCCACUGAGCCCCUGUUUGACAUAGUAAUAAGCAGAAUAGAAAGAGCUGUUCAGGAGCAUCGCCAGACACUGACUCCAGUGCCUCAGCAGCUCUCUGGGUACAACAAUGUCUGGAAGCCCUGGCUGCAACCGUGCUGUGGGACGUUCCCAUUUUGCUGGUGUGACAAAGAAGGUGACAGUCACCAGGAAAUUCUUUAACCAAGGAAAGAACAGGGAAGCAGUCCAACAGCUAGUAACCUGAAAAAA